AUGGCGGAACGUCCCAAAAAACGGCAGCGUAUCGAACUUUCGUUAGAAACUAAAGUCAAAUUAAUACAAGAAUUUGAUUCAAAUCCUCAGUCAAAACAGAAAGAUUUAGCACUAAAAUUUAAAAUUGGAAAACAGACAGUAUCAGACAUCAUAAAGCGUAAACAACACUACCUGCAAUUGUACGAUGCAAACAUUUCUGGGGAGAGAAAACGAAUAACAAAUGGAAAGUUUGAAAAUCUAAAUGGACUGUUGCACCAAUGGUUUAAUCAGGCAAGAUCUAAAACUCUACCAAUUUCCGGCCCAAUUUUAAAAGAAAAGGCUCUUCAGUUUGCCGAGCAGCUUGGCAUAGCAGACUUUAAAGCGUCAGAUGGUUGGCUAACGUCAUGGAAAACUCGUUUUAAUAUCAAACAAUUCAAAGUUAGCGGAGAAAGCGCAGGUGUCAAUCAUGACGUUGUCGACGAUUACAAAGAACGCCUACUGACGAUAAUAGGAGAUUUCGACUCCAAGGAUAUCUUCAACUGUGACGAGACCGGAUUGUUUUUUCGAGCGUUACCUGACAAGACCCUUUCUUACAAAAGCCAGGCGGCGAAAGGAGGUAAAAUUUCGAAAGAACGAUUAACUGUUUUAUUGUGCUGCAGUUCAAUGGGAGAAAAGUUAAAACCUUUGGUGAUUGGCAAAGCACAGAAUCCUCGUUGUUUUAAGAACAUAAAUAAGGACACACUACCUGUCACUUGGACAGCCAAUCGGAAAGCUUGGAUGACAUCUCAACUGUUCAACGAUUGGCUACAACAACUUAACAGACAGAUGCGGCAACAGCGAAGAAAAAUCCUGUUGUUUAUUGACAACGCACCAUCCCACGGUCAAGAUCUAAGUGUGAGCAACGUAACAGUGAAAUUUCUCCCUGCUAACACCACUUCAGUGCUGCAGCCAUUAGACCAGGGUAUUAUCAAAGCUUUCAAAGCACGAUACCGAAAGUAUCUGAUGCGAUCACUCAUUUCGCGGAUGGAAGACUGUGCAAGCGUGACCGAGCUCUGCAAGGCAAUCACGGUUCUGGAUGCAGUAAACUGGAUUAACGCAGCAUGGAAGGAAACCCAACAAACAACAAUCGCCAAGUGUUUUAUGAUGUGUGGAUUUCCUGUCACCUCCGAGCAGGAAUCUGAUGAUGAAAAUGAUGACAACAUUCCUCUCGCUACAUUGCUAGCCACCAUCUCAAGUGAAGUUCCAGUGGCUGAGUUGUUAAUUUCGAUCACGAUAUUCCCACAGAGGACCCGGAUGCGAGUGACUGGGAAACUCAACUAG